UCACUCGCGAGCGCGCUCGCGCACCGCACGAACGGUAUUUUCUGUAGUUGUUUUGUUCAGUCAUCGCAAACGGCACCGGUCUCGACCACGUGUUGAUCACUCGAUAAUGUACAUGCAUGUACAAUAACAUAACUAUUGUGACGAUCUUGCAUCGGUUAAAAUACACGUAUUUUUCAUACAUACAUAUAUAAAACGCCACACGAUUCGAUUGUUUUUUUUUCUGCGUUACGUUCGUGUUCUCGUUUCUUCGUUUUCUUAAUCCGUAUUUAUUGUUUACGAUCGCACAGUAAUAUUAUCUUUUCAUAUACACGCACGUACCACCGCUACUUUUUACGCUAUUCCGUUUUCAGUUGCUCCGCCGAGACAUCUGACCUGCCAAGCAGAUAGUAACGUCUCCGUCGCGAGUUCGUCGUUACCGAUCGACGGUUGCGGCGGAAGCUGCAGUAGUCACAAUGGCAAGCAAACCAGCGACGGACGACGGACUUCACCGUCAUUAUCGAGACGUGUUUCCACCGGCUGCUGAUAUGCCUAUCUCGUACUUGGGACUGGAUUUCAGCACACAACAGCUUAAAGGAGUUAUUGUGGACGAUUCACUACACAAGAUCUUCGAAGCUACCGUGCAUUUCGAUACGGAGCUCCAAGAGUUCCGGACCCAUGGUGGCGUGAUUAAGGGCAAAGAUAAACAGCACCGCGAGGUAACAGCGCCUACAGUUAUGUGGGUCAAAGCCUUGGAUGUAUUAUUGGACCGAUUACAGGUGUGCGGUGCCGAUUUGAGUACCGUUGCUGCAGUCUCUGGUUCCGGACAGCAACACGGAACGGUUUAUUGGACAAAUGGUUCUGAAAAGACGCUGAAGACCCUUAAUCCGUCUGGGUUUCUGCACACACAACUGGCGUCAUGUUUUUCCAUAGUUAAUUCUCCGGUUUGGAUGGAUUCGAGUACGUCUAAACAAUGUAAGAACCUCGAAGAUGCUGUCGGAGGACCACAGCAAUUGGCUGAUUUGACCGGAUCAAAAGCGUAUGAGAGAUUCUCGGGGCCACAAAUCGCUAAAAUAGCUGAAAACAAACCAGGAGCCUACCAGAAUACAGAAAGAAUAUCGCUAGUCAGCAGUUUCGGAUGUUCGUUAUUUCUCGGCGCUUACGCGCCAAUUGAUUGGUCCGAUGGUUCUGGGAUGAAUCUUUUCGACAUAAAAACUAAACAGUGGUCGAAAACGUGUUUAGAAGCUUGUGCACCGGGACUGGAAUCCAGAUUAGGGUCAACUGUGCCAUCGAAUACUGAUUUGGGUCCAAUUAGUAAUUAUUAUGUAGAGCGGUUCGGAUUUAAUUCUGAAUGCAGAAUUAUAUCAUUCACUGGAGAUAAUCCAGCGUCCUUGGCUGGCCUAUGUCUAAGCAAAAAUGACAUAGCCAUAAGUUUAGGCACCAGUGACACUUUAUUUUUGUCACUGGAUGAGCCCAAAUGCCUUGCAGAAGGACAUGUCCUAGUCAGUCCAAUAAAUAAAGAUGCGUACAUGGUUCUACUGUGUUUCAAAAAUGGUUCAUUAACCCGUGAGAGAUUGAGAAAUCACUAUGCAAAUGAAUCAUGGGAUCAUUUUAACACUCUUUUGGAAAGAACUCCCAGAGGAAAUUUUGGAUACUUAGGUCUUUAUUAUGAUGAACAAGAAAUCAUUCCAUGGAUACAGGGUGACUAUCGUUUUGACAAAAAUGAUGAGCCUAUGGACAGGUUUCCUAGUCGAGAAAUUGAAAUCAAAGCAUUAGUUGAAGGUCAGUUCAUUGCUAAAAGAGCACAUGCUGAACAUUUAGGAUUCAACAUAGAUGUUAAUACAAGGAUCAUAGCUACAGGAGGUGCUUCAACCAAUAACACAAUACUACAAGUUUUAUCUGAUGUUUUUAAUGCACCUGUUUAUACACAAGAAGCUGCAAAUUCAGCAGUUUUGGGUGCUGCUUAUCAGGCAAAACACGGUUUGGUUCAAAGUAAAAAUAAGGAUAGUAAUGAUGCAUUUCAGAUAGUAAUCAAUACCAUUCCACCUCCUAAAUUAGUAUGUUCACCUCAUAAAGAUGCUUAUGAAAUUUAUACUCCAAUGGUUGCACGGUACAAUAAGAUUAUUAAAGAUAUAUUGCCUGACUGUAAAAUAAGAACAUAAGAUUCAUAUUGAAACACGGUUAAUUAUACAGUUAAAUUAUGUUGUUGAUACUUAAUUAAAAUUAAAUUUUAUAUGAUAUAUAUAGAA